AUGAAAAGCGUAGAUCAAGAUGACCAUUGCCGACGCAAGGAAGUUAUUGGUGAAGUUCGACGUGCAUCGGGGACUUGGGGUUUCUUUCGAUUGGUGAACCAUGGAAUUCCUUUAACUGUAACAGAUGAGAUUAUUAAAGGUAUCAAAAGAUUUCAUGAACAAGAUACAGAGAUUAAGAAACAAUUUUACUCAAGUGAUCCCGAUCUCUACGUGUCAAAAUAUGCCAACUGGAGAGACAGUUUAAGAUUCCAUCUUAAUUUCAGAGAUAUAAUAGUUCAGUAUUGGAAGCAUAUUACGAAGUUGGCAGAUACAGUUAUUGGGUUGUUAUUGGAGGCUCUAGGAUUAGAAAAAGACCACCUUAAAAGAAUUUUUACUGAUUUCUUGGUACUUAGUGGUCAUUAUUAUCCAGCAUGCCCUGAACCUGAACUAACCUUAGGGACAAGUAAGCAUUCAGACCCGAGUUUCUUUACCCUUCUUCUACAGGAUCAUAUUGGCGGACUACAAUUUCUUCAUCGGAAUCAGUGGGUUACUGUAAAACCAAUCUCUGGAACUCUAAUAGUAAACAUUGGAGAUCUUCUUCAGCUUAUCAACAAUGACAAGUUCAAAAGCGCUGAACACAGGGUACUAGCCAAUCGCAAUGGACCAAGAGUAUCAGUGGCAUGUUUUCUGAAUACAAAAUCCAGUGACAACACAAAGAUUUAUGGUCCUUUGAAAGAGAUACUAUCAGAGGAGAAUCCCCCUAUUUACAAAUAUAUUACGAUGAAAGAAUACAUCGAGCAUUACAUUAAGAAAGGACUUGGAGGUGUGUCUGCCCUUGAUCACUUUAAGUUGUCUAGUAAUUAGUUACUACAGCCUAUGGGUGUCUAUGGUUUUCUUCA